AUGGCCUCCAUAGUGGGCUUCCUGAGCCGCAAUUGGCAGUUCUUCUCGCCGCCCACGGUGCCCAAGGGACCGCAGCCUCUGCGCUUCGGCGUCAUCAGCGCCGCCAACAUCGUUCCCAUGGCCUUCCUGUCCCCGGCCUCCACCCACCCCGAGGUCGUCGUCACCGCCGUCGCCGCGCGGGACCCCGCCAGGGCCGCCGCCUUCGCCAAGAAGCACAAGAUCCCCAACGUCAAGGAGUCGUACCAGGCCCUCCUCGACGACCCGGACAUCGACUGCGUGUACAUCCCGCUGCCCAACGGGCUGCACUACGAGUGGGCCGUCCGCGCCCUCAGGGCCGGCAAGCACGUGUACCUCGAGAAACCCGCCGUCUCCAACGCCAUCGAGGCCGAGAAGCUCUUCAACAGCCCCCUGCUCAAGGACCCGGGGGCCCCCGUCCUGCUCGAGGCCGCGCACUCGUGGUUCUACCCUGCCUGGUCGCGCUUCAUGUCCUUUGUCGACCCGGCGGGCAUCGAGAGGGCCACGUCCAACAUGCUCGUCCCGACCGGCUUCAUCGCGGACAGCGACAUCCGGUACGACUACGCCCUGGCCGGCGGCGCCAUGAUGGACACGGGGCCGUACACCAUGGGCGCGCUGAGGCUCGCGUUCGGCGGCGGCGUGCCGGUCAGCUGCGAAAAGGCCGAGUGGAAGCCGCUGCCGGGUGUGGACAGGGCAAAGGCCGAGGUGGACGCCGCGUACGAGGUACACUUCCGCUUCGCGAACGGCGGGCUGGGCAUAGCGCGGGGCACUCUGAAGAUGCCGCUGUCGGAGUGGGAGAUGCCCAACAGGAUCGAGGUCGUGCACAAGCCGCGAGUGAUGGUGGCGGGGGCGGGGGCGGUCGGCGAUGAAGCAGAGGAGCUCCGCAAGGCCGGCGUGUCUGUCAAGGACGGCCAGGAGGUCGUGCGCGUCCGGACAGUGUCGCUAUCGUUUUUCGUCAUGCCGUACGUCUACCAUACCGUGCACGUCCAGGACGAGUACACGCUUCGCGAGACCGGGCCUGCAGGAGGAGGCAAGACUGUCAAGAAGUGGACGAAAAAGGCGGACCACAAGGCGUACUCGUGGAAGGGGGCCGGCGUGGACCAGCCGGGCGAGGUGUACUGGCUCACCUACCGGCACUGCCUCGAGCAGUUUAUCAACAAGGUCCGGGGCCGCGAAACGAAGCAGUGGUUCGGGGCCGAGGACUCGAUCGCAACGGCCAAGAUGCUGGACAUGGCUUAUGAGGCGGCAGGGCUGAAGCUGCGGCCGACGAGCACGUACGAAUAG